AUGGAUCCAGACAAUCCUGAACUCGAGAUCAACGCGACGCCAGAGAUCCGGCAAGUGAUCACAAGCUUGCUGUGCUCUAGAUGGAGACUCCUGAUUCGUCGGGCUCAAGAGAGCAUCUCAGAGUCGCACGCCCCCUUAGCUGGAGACCUUGACGACAUUACAGAGGUAUUGCAACGCAAGCACGAUUUCGAGAAGCUCAAGCGGACCCUCUCGGCCCUGAUUGCGUCUGUCAGGCGUAUCCCUGGCGUGCAGCCAUCCUCGCCAGACAUCGUCGAGUUGAUGUCGUUCGAAUCAAGCUUGGAAGGCUGGGCAACGCAGCUUGAGAAGGUGUCGCAAUCGCUGCUUGGCCUCCUGGCCGUAUCGGAAAGCAAACGUGCCACCCAACAGGCCGUCCGUUCAAAAAAUCUGCAACUGCUGGCAUUCAUCUUCAUACCGAUCUCCUCCGUCUCCUCGAUCUACGGGAUGAACACGGUCGAGAUUCUGGAGAAGCCACCGCAGAAUUGGAAUUUCAUCGUCGGCGCAUCUAUUGCCAUUACGUUAUCAGCACUGGCUGCCGCAAUAUACGAUUCGCAAAUCAUGAUAAGGACACUCGACAGGCCGUGGCUGUCCUCGCGCCUCAGCAACAUCAGCCGUACUUUCCCUACAACCAGGAAGACAUCAGAAAUCGGUGGGCGGGCAUGGGGUCGGCUGAGCCCCGAUAGAGGUAACCCGAAACGAAAGCCUCGCAAGGCACAGUGCUUGGUCAGGUAG